AAAAAGACUGCGAUCAUUUCAGGAAGUUCUGUUUAAUAGUGAACCAAUACUGAUACCGAAGUUAUUGGUGUUCUUGUAGCAUAAUACCGAACUGGUUUGGAAGCGGAUCAGGUUGAAGGACAUGCCUUUGUUUUUUCAGAACAGAGAAUUAGAUUGCUUCAGAUCAACAGCGGAAUUAUUCGACAAAUAUCCACAUUUACAGGAAAAUGCAAAAGCAUUUCGCUCCAAGCCACGUGUUGAUGUAGAUCCGAAGCACCUUCUGUAUGUUCAGCAGAGAGAGUUUGCAGCGACAACCCCAGCAGACAACUGCGUUUCGAUCCUUGGAUCAGAUGAUGCUACCACCUGCCACUUGGUUGUGCUGCGACACACCGGUAGUGGAGCCGUCUGUCUGUCUCACCUCGAUGGCUCCAGCACCAGGACUGAGGUCCAGCUCACUAUGAAAGCUGUCACAUCACUGAGUAACGGCUGUAGCGAGGGCAGAUUUGAGCUGCAUCUAGUUGGAGGGUUUGAUGACAAUGACAAAAGAUCUCAUAAACUCAGCCUUAACAUCCUGGCAGCGUUCCAGAAACAGAAGGAUCACAUUCACCUGGAGACAUGUUGCAUCACAGGUUUUAUAUUUCUGUCAUUUGUAAAUACCGUAGUUGGACAUUCUGAUUUCUCAGUCACAAUUCUUUCUAUUGUAGAGAUGAACAAUGUAGUUGACAAGGGAAUUCAUAAACCGAUAGUAUAUGGAAUAGGUGUAAAUGUUAAAACAGGGGAAGUGUUCCCUGCCUCAUUCCCUCAUAAAGGACCUGCAGAGAUGCUACGGUCAGCACGGACCUUCACUGGAGGAGAGAUGACUGACAUUUAUGACUCAAGACAUGGACUUAUUAAAGUUGGACCAUGCCAGUGGAGUCCUGAUUUGGAAAUUUCCUUCUGGUUGUCACAAAGUGAUGACACUAUUUUAAAGUACCUGUCCACGUCUCCGUUUGCUGAACCGCCGCACUUUGUCCAGCACAUUAAGUCCACCAUCCAGUUCCUUUUGUCGCAUCCAAACUCUGACAGCCUGUUCCCGGGAGGUCAGCCGCACCUCUACCAGCGGACGGAGAGCGGUAGCUGGGAGAGGCUUGUCCAGUCAUAACAAGUCACAACUGAACCUUUGAAUGUUAUUUGUCUGUUUUUCAAUGGAAACACUGUGACCCCUUUUCAAUCAGAGUAUUCUAUGAAGGGUUGAAUCCCAGACCAGCGCUUUGCAAGCGUAUUCACACCACAUGGAUCAUUUCUGAUCGGCUCCUCUGUGAAAAGCCAGUUUUGUAUUUGCAUUUUGCAGAUUGGAUGGAGGGUUUUUGUGAAUAGCAUUUUUCAAGUCUACAGAUUCUUUUAGAUUAGGGUGAGGAUUUUGAUUGGGAUAUUUUAACACGCAAAUAUACUUUGAUCUAAACCAUUGCUCAAGCCAACACACGUUAUUUGCGUAUUAUCUAAGCCAACAGAGCUUGUGUAAAUAAUUAAAUUACUCUCCUAAAGUUCUGGAGGAUUUGUGUUGAAGACCUAGAACUUGCAGGAUACCAGACCCUGGGGACUUACUUUGGUGUGUCUGGUUUAGAUGAAUGCUAAUGUCUUGGCCGGUUAUCAGUUAUGAUUUAAGCUUUUACACACCUGACUUGUUUUCUGGGGGGGCCUGCUUUUCACGUGGCUGUUUGUUCACUAACGUUCACUAGCAAACCUCUGAGGCCUUCGGAGAACAGCUCGAUUUUAAUUUACUCAUACGAGGAAUUACGGCUUGGCAAUAUGACUUCAAAAUUAAAUCUCAGAUUUCUUCAUUCCAGAUCUGAUAAUGUUUUUUUCUUGCUUUCUUUUCUAUAAAGAUGAAAGAGAAAAUAUUUCCAAAAGGUUGCUGUCGUCAUUCAUUUUGUGAGAUGUACGAGGGUGAAUUAGGGCCAGGCAACACAAUUUUUAAAAUUGUUUAACUGCGAGAAUAUAGUCUUAAUAUUAGCAGAAUAAAGACAAAUUUUACUAGAAGAACUUCUUUAAAUUGCAAUAAAAAGUUGUUUUUAUGAGAUAUAAGCUUCUAAAGAGUUAGUUGGCUACCUAAAUCCAUGUAGUUCUUUUUUCAGAGUAGACAGUCGUUUGCACAAUUAUUUCAAAGUCCUGUUGCUGAUUGUAAUUUGAUGCUGUUAAAAGAUUACCAUAGGUAUUUUCUUAUCUGUAAAACCUAUACCGGAGUUUAACCUCGUACACAGAAUUUGUAAAAACCUGUAAAACCUGUCCAGCAAGAUGGCCGGCCUUGGGUCUACUGACAUCAAUCUGAACUAUAGAAACCCAAGGAAUAAAUUGUUGAAGAUUUAAUUUUGCCCAAAAAUGAAAUCUUCAAAAACCUAAAUUUAGAUUGAUCAAUAUAAUGUGUUCAUCGUCCAGCCUUAAGAGGAAUAUAUUGAUGAUUAUGUGAAUUGUGAAUAUAUUUGCUUGCUCUGUAUUUUGUUUGGGGGUAUCAGCGUAUAUCAAUCAAGAAAAACAUUACCAACGCAGUAUUUCUGAAGAGAACCAAAGUAUUACCAGAAACGGUACCACACAGUAAAGACACUUUUACAGAAAGCCAGCCGGGGAACUUCUAUUUAAUGGAAAAGUCCAUUUAAAACCAUCCAUCCAUGUUCUGUCCACCCUUGUCCCUAGGGGGGUCAGGAGGGUUGCUGGUGUUUAUCCCCAGCUACGUUCCGGGCGAGAGGCGGGGUUCACCCUGGACAGGUCGCCAGUCUGUCGCAGGACAACACAGAGACAUACAGGACACACAACCAUACACACACACACUCACACCUAGGAAGAAUAUAGAAAGACCAAUUAACCUGUCAUGUUUUUGGACUGUGGGAGGAAGCUGGAGAACCCAGUGAGAACCCAUUCAUGCACAGGGAGAACAUGCAAACUCAAUGCAGAAAGACCCCGGACCGGGAGUCGAACCCAGGAUCUUCUUGCUGUGCAGCGCUACCAACUGAGCCACUGUGCAGCCCCCAUUUAAAACCUUUCUGUAUUUACAGACUCAAAACAAAUAUCUGUACUGUUCUAAAGUGCAGAAAUUGUAGAGGAGGUGGUCAGUUUGUUGAAUGUUUUUUUUUUAUCUGUGGAAAUGUACCUUCAAAAAUAGAGUUGUCUUUCAUGUUUAUUUAUUCUUCGCUUUUGACCAUGUCACACUUUAUAUGAAUGUGUUUCCUUUCAAAAGUGCAUGUGUUUAUGUCCAUCAAAAUCCUCUGCGAGUAAUGGUAGGAAUUAUGGCAUGGUGCAGUAAAAAUCUAUGACUUUAAACCUGAGCCUAUGGCCUUCUGAUAAGUUGUUUCCUUCGAAUCCUUGCAAGCUGCUUCAAGCACACUGUAACCUAAGAUCCCCUGAUCCAGCGUUUCCUGGUCGAUAGCGGUUUCCAGUUUUUCUGCGUUCCGCUCAGCCGCUUUUAAUUUGUGUUUUCUAUGGACUACAUUAUCAAAAAGAGGGAAAAGAUGCUUCUCAUCCUUUGAUGGAGUAAUAGUUUUGUUUCCAACUGAAAAUUAUGAAAUUACAAGCGUAACAGUGUUUAUGUUUCCAACCUAGAUUUAGUUCAAACUACAAAAAGGUGGAUCAAAGCGUAUUCUGCUGGUUGGUGUGUUUUUUAUUUAAGAUACUUUUUUCCUUUAACAUUGUCAUGUCUGGGACAACAAACAGGGGAAACAAACCAAUUUCCUUUCUGAAUAAUAUGAUAGCAGCUAAACACUCACAUGGUAUUUAUACACAGUGGAGUCAAAUAUUUAGUUUCAACUGUUCAUACCAGACAUUACAGGCGUUCUUUGUCUUAAUGCAUCUAAUGAACAGUAAAAAUAAUUGUUUUAAAAAAAACAACCUAUUAUGUAUUGGUGUAUUUAACCUGCUGCUCAUAGAUCUUAGCUCAUCUCUGGUCAAUUGAAAUUCAUGAUGGAAACUUAAUAAUGCGAUUGAAUUGAAAUAUUUAUAUUUUCACUUCUAUUUAUAAUAAUAAACACUAUAGACCUGUAUUCUCCA